AUGGCCAACAAGAGCGGAAAGAAACCACUGAGCCUCAACGAUAGCCACAAUCGCUUCCUCCAAAACCUCUCUGCUCCCAAACCCUUCGAUGAAGACAAUAAACCGAUCGAAGAUGAAGACAAAACUAUUCCCCGAUUUUCUGCAAUCACUGACUUUGAUUCUCCAAUCGAGGAGGAAAAGAAGACGAAGGUUAAAGUGCAAGGGCGACGCCGCCUCUGCAAGGUUGCGUAUGCAGAUGACGGUAAAAAAGUGGCGGUUGAUGAGUCCAAGUUUCAUGACCUCGUCGACCUUGAUUCUCCCAUUCCUGCACCGAAAAAUGUGAUCCAGAUUGCGGAGAGUGGGGGUAGAAAUGAAAUUAGGGAUAUUUUGAAUGAACUGAACUCCAAGUUUGAGUUGCUAUCAGUUGAGAGGAAGCGUGUGCAGAAGCCGGUUGAGGGUUUCGUUGGAGGGAAAGAAACUCGUGAUGAUGAGGCUUUAGAGUUUGGGAGUGCGGGGUCUUCAUUUUCUCCACAACAGGAUCCCUCUGACAUCUCGUCGGAGGGGAAUAAGAAUGAUGGUGGUGGUGUUGAAUAUGAUUCAGAUGAUUCCGUUCAAGUGUUGGAUCAUUUUGAGCCUGAGAACGAUGGUUCUAUAACUCUGAGUGGCCCAAAAUCUACGUAUAAGUUGUCGGGUAAAAUUGCAAAAAUGUUGUAUCCACAUCAGCGGGAUGGAUUGAAGUGGCUCUGGUCUUUGCAUUGUCUGGGUAAAGGUGGAAUCUUGGGGGAUGACAUGGGUUUGGGUAAAACAAUGCAGAUUUGUGGCUUUCUAGCUGGACUAUUUCAUUCCCGUUUAAUUAGAAGGGCAUUGAUUGUGGCCCCAAAAACCUUACUGCCCCAUUGGAUCAAAGAAUUAUCAGCUGUUGGUCUCUCUGAGAAGAUAAGAGAAUAUUUCGGAACUUCUACAAAAGCCCGAGAAUAUGAACUUCAGUACAUACUUCAGGAUAAAGGUGUUCUUCUCACAACAUAUGAUAUUGUCCGCAACAAUUCUAAGUCCUUACAAGGGGAUAAUUAUUUUGAUGAUGAGGAUGGUGAAGAUGGCAUUACAUGGGACUACAUGAUACUUGAUGAGGGGCACCUUAUAAAGAACCCGAGCACACAACGAGCUAAAAGUUUGCUUGAGAUACCAAGUGCUCAUCGCAUUAUCAUUAGUGGCACACCAUUGCAAAAUAAUCUGAAGGAGUUGUGGGCAUUGUUCAGUUUCUGUUGCCCUGAGUUGCUUGGUGACAAUAAAUGGUUCAAAGAAAAAUUUGAAUCACCCAUACUUCGUGGAAAUGACAAAAAUGCUUCUGAUAGAGAGAAGCGUAUUGGUUCAUCUGUAGCAAAGGAGCUAAGAGAUCGGAUUCAGCCUUACUUUUUGAGACGUUUAAAGAGUGAGGUUUUCAAUCAAGAUGAUGAGAAAACAACCGCAAAACUUUCUAAGAAACGAGAGAUGAUUGUGUGGCUUCGAUUGACCAGUACUCAGCGGCAUCUUUAUGAAGCAUUUUUGAGGAGUGAGAUUGUUCUCUCAGCUUUUGAUGGGUCCCCACUGGCUGCCCUUACGAUUUUGAAAAAAAUAUGUGAUCAUCCACUUCUGUUGACAAAGCGGGCAGCUGAGGAUGUCUUGGAAGGGAUGGACUCAAUGCUAAAGCCAGAAGAGGUUAAUGUUGCAGAAAAAUUGGCAAAGCACAUAGCAGAUGUUGCAGAAACAGAUAAGUUUAAAGAUGAGCACGAUGUAUCAUGCAAAAUUUCCUUCAUCAUGUCAUUAUUGGAUAAUUUGAUCCCAGAAGGUCAUAAUGUGCUUAUCUUUUCUCAGACUCGCAAGAUGCUUAAUCUUAUACAGGAAUGCCUAGUAUCCAAAGGUUAUGAAUUUUUACGAAUUGAUGGCACAACAAAAGCCAGUGACAGACUAAGGAUUGUUAAUGAAUUCCAAGAAGGUAUUGGAGCUCCUAUAUUUCUUUUGACAUCUCAGGUUGGUGGUUUGGGUCUGACACUUACAAGAGCAGAUCGUGUGAUAGUAGUUGAUCCUGCUUGGAACCCAAGUACGGAUAAUCAAAGUGUUGACCGUGCAUAUCGUAUUGGUCAAAAGAAAGAUGUUAUUGUUUAUAGACUGAUGACAUGUGGAACUGUUGAAGAAAAGAUCUACAGGAAGCAGGUAUAUAAAGGAGGAUUAUUCAAAACAGCUACUGAACAUAAAGAACAAAUUCGGUACUUUAGCCAACAGGAUCUUAGGGAUAUUUUCAGCCUCCCAAAAGAAGGAUUUGAUGUAUCUGUUACCCAACGACAAUUGGAUGAGGAACAUGAUCGUCAACAUACAGUGGAUGAUUCCUUCAAAGCGCAUAUAGAGUUCCUGAAAAGUCAAGGCAUAGCUGGAGUUAGUCACCACAGUUUACUCUUUUCCAAGACAGCACCGGUUCAAGCUGCUCCUGAGGAUGAUGAAAUAACAAAGAGUCAUAGGACUAAAUAUAUUGGAACUUCAAUAUCAUCUGCACAUGAGCAUAUUACUGAUGGAGCUGAGUUUGCAUUUAAUCCGAAGGAUGUCAAUUUAAGAAAAAAAGGUUCUCCUCCUAGCAGUGCUGGUAAAUCGACCGAGUCAGAAAUCAAGGAUAGAAUUCAUCGGCUCUCACAAACACUCUCAAAUACGGUGAUGAUUUCUAAAUUACCAGACAAUGGGGAGAAACUACGAAAACAGAUUGCGGAGCUGAAUUUAGAGCUCGCUAAACUGAAGAUGGAAGAAAGAGACGUUGCUGAUUUAGAUGAUUUUACUGAUGAAUUUCAAAGAGUGUUGAACGUAUAGUUUAUUUGUAGGGAACAUAUAAGUAAUAGAGCUAUUUC